UAUCUGGGGAGAAAGCAUGAGAGUCACUUAAAUGACUCACCGGAAGCUACAGUGGCCAGUUUUGGCCCUUCUCAAUCUCUGUUCACUUGAAAAGCCUCGCCAACUAAUCCAAUAACACAUUUUUAUCGUAUUGUCAGCCUGAAAAACCUAAACCCACCAAGCAAAAAGGUCAAGAAACACAAUGGAUGACGACAGUGUAGGCUUAGUGUUAGCCAGGGCCGCAGAGCUUAGAUUAAAGAUCAGUAAUUGCGUUCACAAAGCAACAACCGGGAAACAUCAAGAAGGUGAUGUUGUUGUUAAUGGAGUUAAGAAAAACCCUGAUGACAAAGUGUCUGAAGAGGAAGAGGAUUAUGAUGAAGAAGCAGAGAAGCUCUUGAAUAUUCAACUUGCGUUUGAAUCUUUGGAGGCCCAGCUUGGUAAUUUGCAGAACCUACAACUUCAGCAACAUUAUGACAGGGAAGUUGCAAUCAGUGAAAUUGAAUUUAGCCGCAAGAUGUUGCUAGAGAAGCUCAAGGAGUACAAAGGGGAGGACUUGGAAGUGAUACAUGAAACAUCUGCUUUCGCUGGUGAAACUGUAGAGCAUGGCAAUGAUCUCAUCCUUCCUCCAUAUCCUAGUCGUGUUCCUCAGUCAUUGAUCUCAGACAAUGGUUAUCUUCCACAAUCUAAUUACAAACAUAAGUCCCUAUCCAACGGAGUGAUCACUGGUGAGCUAACUAGUGGUGCAAAGAAGAAUCUAAAUGAAUAUGAGAGAAGCCGAAUGAAAAAUAGUUCCACAAGGAAGGGAUUGGGACACUUUUUCAGUUCAUUUGCCAAGAUGGUGAUUCCCCUUGCUGGUUUGGUAUAUGUAUUAAGCAUGUCUGGUUUUGUGCAAAAUAUUGGAAAAAAAGGCAUCCCUGUGAAGCAUUUGGGCAUCUUUCAACAGCCAUCAAAUGAAGAGAAGAAAUCAGUUGUUCAAUGUCCACCUGGGAAAGUCUUUGUGGUUGAGAAUGGUGAAGCUAGAUGCAUUGUGAAAGAAAGGAUUGAAAUCCCGUUUGAUUCAGUUGCUGCAACGCCAGAUAUAAACUAUGGGAGUGCGGAUAAGUCCGAAACUAUGGCGGCUAACGUCACAAAAUUCAACAGCCUUUGUGGUGGUACUGACGUUUCUGGAGCUAUUCAGUGGUUCAUGAACACUAACACUGUAGCUUCAGAAACUACCACCAUGCUCCUCUCAAUGGUAACAAAACUUGUCUUGUUAGAGACCAUUAAGGAAGCAGUGCCAGAUAUUUGGUCACCAUUGAUGAAGAAUGCGAGGGAAGAAGCCUAUGAUCAAUUGUCAUCACCAAUGGCCACGAAAGGCAGAGGCUUUACUGAAGAGCAAGAAGCUCUAGUUGUCAAGUCGUGGAAUGUAAUGAAGAAGAAUGCUGGAGAAUUGGGUCUUAAAUUCUUCUUGAAGAUAUUUGAGAUUGCACCAUCAGCCCAGAAGUUGUUCUCAUUCUUGAAAGACUCAACUGUCCCCCUAGAGAAGAACCAGAAGCUCAAGUCUCAUGCCAUGUCUGUUUUUGUUAUGACGUGUGAAUCAGCAGUGCAACUGAGGAAAGCUGGAAAAGUAACAGUGAGAGAGUCAACUCUAGAGAAAUUAGGAGCUACCCAUUUCAAAUAUGGGGUGGCUGAUGAACAUUUUGAGGUCACUAAAUAUGCACUAUCGGAAACCAUAAAGGAAGCAGUUCCAGAAAUGUGGUCACCAGAAAUGAAGAGUGCCUGGGCUGAAGCUUAUGAUCAAUUGGUUGCUGCUAUAAAAGCUGAAAUGAAGCCUUCCUCUUAGACUUAGCUGAAAAAUAGAAGAAACAAGUACGGUUGAACAAUAUAUGCGCUUGUGGAUUUCGUAUUGUGUAUCUUUCUGUGUUGGUUGACUAUAAUAAACUGUUUAGAUUAUUGUCUCA